AUUUAAACUUGCCUCUCGCAGAAUUGCACGAGUUAACGUCUUACCGCCGGCCGACUCGAUUUCGCGCUCUCACAUGCUCUUUCGCGAACACACUGUACACUAGUGUCCUCCGCUCUAUCGCCCGGUGAUCCUUCGAAGGACUAAAUAGUGCUGCACAUCGGCCGGUACGAACGCAUCUGCGAAUCCUGCAGCUGGGAGAAUUUUUUUUUUGAAUUUUUCGAGGCGAUUUCGAGGGAUUUUUAUUGAGGACGCGCCAUGUCGGCGUGGACUCGAUUGCUGAGGGAGCCCGGGCCGGUGCUGGUCCUUUUCGUCCUGAUCCUGGCGCCGCACGUUGCCCAUGCAGCUCCCUACGAAGACGAAUCGUACACGGAAAUCCAGUACUAUCCAGUCGCUGAUGCAACCGGUUGUUACUACAAUUUCGAGCACUACGACGAAGGAGACAGGAUCAUCACGAACGAGCCAUGUCUGAAUUGUACCUGCCACAACAGGAUGCUCAUGUGCUACUUGCGGGUGUGCCCCUUCACGAAGGCCAUCGGCCAGGACUGCAAGGUGGAGAAGAAACCCGACCAGUGCUGUCCCGUCAUCACCUGCCCCGAAGUCCCCGUGCAAGUGUCCCACGACGCCUCCUCAUCGACCCCAUCCACCGCUCUAGGACAUCUCAACGAGUACGGCUGUUCGAUCGAUAAUUUGUUCUACGCCGACGGUGCUAAGGUCCCUUCGAACCCGAACAAUCCCUGCGAGGUGUGCUACUGCAUCAGGAACAAGACCGCCUGCAUCAUCCAGGAGUGCACUCUCACCGGACGCGUCGUCGAAGGCUGCAAGCCGGUGUAUCUCGACGGCGUUUGUUGUCCUCUCCGAUACGAUUGCGACCAUCCGCAAAUAGAGACGACGGCGAGACCUUUGCUCACCACCACCACUCCCAAUCCGACCACUCUUCUACCCACGACGACUCUAUCGCCCGGUCAAUGCAUCUACAACGAGGAGAUUUACGCCGACGGGGCGGUGGUUUCGAAGGAUCUACCGUGCGGGAAAUGCUACUGCAUGCGAGGCCACAUCGUUUGCGCCGUGCAAGAAUGCGGCCCCACUCCUCUGGAUAAAGUCAAUUGUACCGCUCUACCGGUCAAAGAAGGCCAAUGUUGUCCAGACACCUACGACUGCGAUCUGAUAUCCGAAGAAGACCUCACCACUAUCACCUCCUACGUACCGACCACGCAACCCACCGUAAUUAAAGAGGAAACAACCACCGAAAGCGAAACUAAACCGGAGGAGGAACCAACCACGGCUUACGUACCGAUUCUGCAAGACAGGAACAAAUUCGAACCGGAGGAAACCACGCCACAACCGGCCGAAACCACCACCGAACCGGCUAAGACUGUCACAGAAAGAAUCUCAUCGGCGAUCACCGGUUUAGUGCAAACCAUCACCACUGCGCUGUACGAAACCACCGAAGAACCGAAAGUAACGGCUUCCGAGGAAACCGGCAAACCCGAAGGCACCACUGAAGAGGUAAUAACCGAGCAAUCGGUGGAACCCGAAGAAAUCCCGAGUCGCGACCACGUGGAACCCGAAGGGGAACAAUUCACGCCUACGGAACCGGAGGAAAGCCACGCGGAAUCCACCAAGGCGACUCCGACUGAAGCGGAAGAACCGGAAGAACCAACGACGGCUAAAGCGCACGAAGCUGAUGUUAGAAAACAGGAGAUUACUACGCGGAAACCAAUCGAAGAAGCCACUACGACUCGACCGGUGGUUACUACUGGUGUAGAAGAAGAAACCAAACCGACGGAAACCUCUAAAGAGACUGUAGCUUCGGAAGAAACUGUUGGAGAAGUGGAACGAACUAAACCGACGACUGAGUCGGAAAUUCCAGCGACUGAACAACCGGAGAAAGAGGUGGAACCGACUGAGACUCCGCGAGAAUCAGAAGAACCCGAACGUACUGAACAACCUAAAUCAACUGAGGAAGAUAAGCCGACUGAAGAGCCUAAGCAAACGGAAGAAGCUAAACCAACAGAAGAGCCUGAGCAAACGGAAGAACCUAAGCAAACAGAAGAACCUAAACAAACAGAAGAGCCUAAGCUAACAGAAGAGGCUAAACCAACUGAAGAACCAGAACAAACAGAAGAACCUAAGCAAACAGAAGAACCUAAACAAACUGAUGUGACUAAACAAACAGAAGAGGCUGAACCAACAAAAGAACCUGAACAAACAGAAGGACCGAAACAAACAGAAGAACCUGAAGUAACAGAAGAGCCUAAGCAAACGGAAGAGUCCAAACCAACAGAAGAACCUGAACAAACUGAAGGACCUAAACCAACAGAAGGACCUAAACAAACAGAAGAACCUAAAGUAACAGAAGAGCCUAAGCAAACAGAAGAACCUAAAGUAACAGAAGAGCCUAAGCAAACAGAAGAACCUGAACAAACUGAAGGACCUAAACCAACAGAAGGACCUAAACAAACAGAAGAACCUAAAGAAACAGAGGAGCCUAAGCAAACAGAAGAGUCUAAACCAACAGAAGAACCUGAACAAACGGAAGAGCCCAAGCAAACGGAAGAGCCCAAGCAAACAGAAGAGCCCAGACUAACAGAAGAGUCUAAACCAACUGAAGAACCUGAACAAACAAAAGAACCUGAACAAACAGAAGAACCUAAGCAAACAGAAGAACCUAAACUAACAGAAGAACCUAAGCCAACAGAAGAACCUAAGCAAACUGAACAAUCUGAGCAAACCGAAAGACCCAAAGCCACAGAAGAAACUAUACCAACCGAAGCUUCUCAAGUAACAGAAGGUGUUAAGCCUACUGAAAAAUCUGCUGAUACAGAAAAACCAACGGAAGCAGAAGCACCAGUACCAGUCACUACGGAGAAACCCGCACCUACGGAAGAACCCAAAGUAAGCGAAGAAAGCAAACCGACGGAAGAACCGCAAACAACCGAAGGAGUUAAAGCAACCGAAAGAUCGAAAGAACCUGAAAAGGAAAUCGAAACGACAACGCCGGAAGAAAUAGAAAUCGUAACCAGCGGUCCUUCGGAAGAAACGGAAAAGCCCUUAUCGAUGGAUCACGUAGCUGAAACAGGCAGCACGAAGUUGGCUGAAGAAAAGACGGAAGCUCCCAUCAAACCAUCCGAAGAACCUCACGAGGAAACUACACCUGCACCCGCCAAGGAAUCGAACGAUAUACCCGAAGUGUCCGAAGUAUGCACCAAGGAAUCCUGCGAGGUGGUUGGAAAACCGGUCGAACAAGAACCCGAAAAAGAAACGGAAUCGAACCAAAUACCUGAAGGUCCGCUCAAGGAAUCCGAAGAAGGUGAGAAAACAACAGAAAUUUCUACGCGAGGAAAAGUGCCCGAAGAAACGACAACCCAAUCGGCAGAAACAACACCUAAGACAGAAAUCGAAGAAACUACUUCCAAGAAACCGAUCUCAGAAACCACCGAAAGCGAACCUGAAAAGACCACCACUAGGGCAGAAACCGAACCAGAAAAGGAACCAGUAACAAGCGUACUAGCAACUACACCUAAGGAAAAACUCGACGAAAACAUCCCUGAUGUUACAACUGAAACUGCACCAGAAACGACGCCUAAAGAAGAAUUGGAAGAAACCACUUCUAAAUUACAGCCUACAGAAGCUGUACUUCGCGACAAAUUCACCGAGCAACCGAUAACCGCAGAAACAACACCAAAACCAGAAAUCGAACAAACUACUUCGAUAACAGAAGAAACCAAGAAACCAUUAGAAGAACAACCAACAACUCAACCAGCUGUCAAAGAAACAACCACAAUAAGCUCCGAAACCAAAGCGACGGAGCCCCAACAAGAAACAACCACAUCACACGACGUUAGCGAAAACGAAAUUCUCACUGAGACUGAAACUCCAGCAGGUCCGAGCGUGACAGAAACGAAACCAUCCGAGGAACCUAUCGUUAAAGUGACACCUGAAUACGAAACUACAACGAAAACUGGAGAAGAAAGGACCAAGGAACCGGCUGAAGUAACCACUGCAUCUUCUGCGGAAACCACAACUGCAAGCGAAGAAGAAGAACCAGUCAAAACAACGCAACCGGAAAUUCCUUCUCCGACCGAGAAACAGCAAGAGGAAACUAGUCAAACCAGCGAAGAAGGCGUUGUUACCACCACGGAACUUCCAUCUUCUGAAGAAGAUUCAUCGCCGCACUUUAUUCCUGGUGAAGGUAGCUGUUUGGUUGAAGGGAAAACAUACAAUAAUAACUCAGAUGUGCCAGUAUACAACCCUUGCCAAUCAUCGUGCAGAUGUGUCAGCUCUAUAGUGAGAUGUAAAGAUAUUUCCUGUCCUCAACCGCCUGCAACAUGUAAAGUUAUUACGCCUAAACCUAGAGGCGUCUGCUGUCCUGCUUGGAGUUGUGACGAAAUACCCGAAGUAGUUGAUGUGGAAACGAGCAGUCAAACGAUUGAAGUAACCACAGCAGAAGAAGGUUCUGGUUCAGCGUCUACGGAAAAGCCUUCAGCAACUGAAAGUACCACGAAAGAAGAAGAUGAAGUAGAAGAAGGUUCUGGUUCCUUGCCUACCGAUCAACCCAAACAACCAUCUGCAGUUACUGAAGAAACCCUUCCAGGUUCCGAGGCAACAACUGUUCCUGCUAAGAUUGAAACCACAACUGAAGAAGACUUGACGAAACAUGAGAUACAAACACCGGAAGAAACGUGCACUAAGGAAGGAUGUGUACUGCAGCAAGCAACACCUGAGAAGCAAGGAGAAAGUGAGAAAAUAUCACCAACAACCGAAACCGAAGUUAAAUCGGAGGAAACCACUGAGCCGUACGUAGAAACAGCAUCGAAACCUAGCAUUAAAGACCGAGUUUCGGAAUUGGAUAAAGAAACUACUCCACAAGAACCUACGGAAACUGAGAAACCAGCAACACCAGAAGAAACUACACCUGCAGUAGAAGAAACAGGAACUACUCGAGCUGGUACCUUGCCAUCAGAAACAACCGAAACUGUACAAAAAGCAACCACGGAAUCUCCAGAACAAGCGGGACCUUCAGAAGUAACAACAGAAGGAUUGCCGGCAGAGGAAUCUAAACCAACCGAAAAAGCUGAAACUGAAACGGAAGCCCAACCUGAAUUGUCCGAAAGCACCAAGAUCCCAGAAACAACCUUAGCUUCUGUGCCCGAAAAAGAGGCUUCCACAGAGAAAUCCUCACCAAUAGAACCAGUAACUGCCGAACCUAUUGAACAGGUUACAGAAUCGCAGGCACCUAUAACAAGCAAACCCAUGGAAUCCGCUGAUCACGUAACUGAAGCUAAGGUCGAAGUGGAGACCACAACAUCAGCCGUUACAGAAGAAAUAUUGAAAGAAACAGAAAGAACUGUAACCGAACUUCCCGUAAAAGAAACUCAAACACCUAAAGUUGAACAACCGGAACCCACAACGUUGCCUGGAAUUACAAGAGUCAAGGAUAUUUCGACCGAAGAAGAGGAGAAACUCGCAACAACAGAGAAACCAGAACCUGUAACUGACAAAGAAGCCGAAGUUACUACACAAGUGUCGAAAGAACCACCAGCAACUGAGAAAGAAGAAACUACUACAGUUAGAGAAGAACAUGUAACAAUCGAAGAUAGAUUCCCAGAAGUAGAGAACGAACCCGAAAUCAUCGUCACCACGGCUAAACCGGAACAAACCACUGAACCUCUCGUUAGUGAACCUGCUGAGGUAGAAACACAGCCAAUUCCGCAAUCCACAGAAAAAGCAAUCGAAGAACAACCAAGUGAGAAACCAAGCGAAAGUGUUACUACCGAAAUUGGUAAAGAUGUAACCGAACCAGCGCCGGUAACCGAACCCGAAGUGGUUACAGAAGGUAAAAUGCGCGACGCAGAAAUUAAACCAGCAGUUACACAAUCCCAAGAGGCAACUACACCUCAACCAUCUACAGAAGCCGAAGUGGUAACUUCAGUUUUGGAAGAAACUACAACUAAAGCGAAACCGGAGCAACCUGCCGAAGCAGAAACCAGCUCUCCUGUCGCAGAAACCGCCACAAUGCGCGCCGGCGAAAUCCCCGAAACCACAUCUCCCGAAGUAUCUAUAUUCACAUCGCCGGAGCUCGUCACCAAGAACGACACCAGCCAAUUGUUCACCUCCGGACCCCACGAAGCCUCGACAACGAAGCCUCCGGUCGAAGGUGAACUGUCCACCUCGGUGCCGUUCGCCCAACCCACCGACGCCCCCGCCACCGACAAACCCCACGAGGUGCCCGGCGAGCACGAGCACGUGCCCGACGUGCCCUACCCCGGCGACGACUACGACGACGAGGAGGAGGCCGGCCCGCUGGGGCCGGGCACCUGCCGCUACGGCGGCAAGGUGUUCGUCUCGGCGCAGCAGAUACCGCGCGACGACCCGUGCGACUUCUGCUUCUGCUUCCGCAGCGACAUCAUCUGCCUGCAGCAGAGCUGCCCGCCGCCCAUUCCCAACUGCCACGAGGAGCCCAUCCGCGGCUUCUGCUGUCCGCGCUACGAGUGCCCCGUCUCCAUGGCCACCGCCUACAACGUGACCACCACCACCACCACCACCACCACCACGCUGCCGCCGCACUUCAUGGCCCACGUCAGGGGCCGGUCGGCGAGGAACGGAUGCCAGGUCGACGGGCGGGCCUACCAAGUGGGAGAGGUCAUCAGGUCCGCCUCCGGGCCCUGCAUGCACUGCACGUGCGGCGGAGAUGGGCAAAUGAAAUGUGAUCCGAAACCGUGCAGUCCGGAGCCGAUGUUGAGGCAAAUGUUCGCGGCGGCGACCAGGAGGAGAAGAUGAACGGACGAUUAAAUGUUAAAUAGUGACAAUGCGGCAGAACCGUGCAAGUGAUACAGACGAUUUUAUGAAAAUUGAAGAAUAUCUAGUGUCCUCGAACUAUUAGAAUUAAACGUGCGCCGGCGUAAGCGAGUCGAUAGCGAUAUGCCUGUUGUAAUUGCAAUGCAUUAUUCGAGGUGGUACUUAAUUUAUUGUUCCUGGUAGAAGGAUUUGCGUGAAAUUGAAGCGUUAUCGGCUCGUUUAUCCCGGCUCGGGUACUACUUAAGCAAGCAUUCUUGGGUGCCAAAAAAAACGGACGUAAAAUAGGUUGUUGUGCCUUUGUAUGGGGAGAAAUCUCGGAGAAUUCUUUGCGUAUAAAUUGGUGCAGUAAGGGCGCGAUUUUUUGCAGAAAACGCGAACGUAUUACUCGACUAUGUAGAAUACUAAACGUGCUUUCUUCGAUUCGGUAACCCGUCUUCGAAUUAGAGAAAAAUAAUCAACUUUUUUAUUGUCUUAAAAAUGUAUCAUUUCGAAUUUGUUUCGUUUAUAAGGUCUCGGUGUUACCGGAUCAGCGAAAGCAUUCGUAGGCUAUCGGUAGCGAACACGACUGAAGAAAUUUUACACUUUUGUAAUUAUACAAUUUUUGGAGUGUCGUUUUAUUUUUAUUUUAUGUUUGAAAAGGCCAUUUCUUGUACUAAUACACGUCGGCUCUUUAAUAUUUAUAUAAUAUUACGAUUUGUGUUGCGUAUCCCGAAUCGGUCUCGGUUGUUUGACUAGCAGAAAAAAAUUUAAAAUCGUUUUUUUUUUAGUUUUUUGUGUAGUUAAGUAGAUGAAAUGGUAGAAAACUGAUUUUCUGCUACUUGAACGCUUAGACUAUUACUUGUAUAUUUAUGGAUGCUCAAUAUUAUUAAGUAGAAUAUGUAGUAUUUAUCAAUAAUAAUGAAUAAAUUGUGUAAAGAAUAUUAGGUUUGUUACUUACAUUGAAAUUCAC